UUACGAAAAUGGACGACGCUUCUUGAAGAAACCACUGUUCGGGGAAAAAGAUCUCAGUUUCUACAUUUUCUGCGGUGAAAAACAGUUUGUUGCACGCAGCUCAGACGACGCGAAGUUCGGUUUUUAAUCCGAAGAGAGAAGCUGUUUUGGGGGGGAAACGAUGGGAGAGUUAACACGGUCAUCUUUAUCCAACUGGUUCGUCACAUUGGGCACAGUGCUGUUCCUGGCAGCGGACACAGGAGGCGCGUUGUACAGGCCAGCGCGUGACGAUAGCUACUACUAUAAUCGUUACGGAUCGACGUUCACAGGGGCAGGGCAGUCCGACCAAAGGGGCGCAGGUUCGUCACGCUGGGACCAGAGACCCAGCGGUGGGAGUUGGAGUCAGUCCGGGGCGGCAGUUGGCCCUUCCACCAGCUGGGACAGAUGUCCCCGGUGUCCCAGUUCAGGGGGUAGCAGCAGUGCUUGGGAUAGGGGCAAUGGGUAUGAUAACCUGGGGUACGGGUUGCCACCAGGAACCACGUUGGACAAGGGUGGUGGGGGUAAGGGAGGGUCUUCAGGAUGGGACAACAGAGGAUGGGAUAACAGAGGUUCUUCCGGUGGCUGGGAUAAAGCUGGGGGUUCUGUGGCAAAAUGGGAUAAUCGCGGAGGUUCUUCCGGAAGUUGGGAUAACCGAGGAGGUUCUCCAGGGGGGUGGGAUAAUCGUGGAAGUUCUUCUGGUAGUUGGGAUAACCGAGGAGGUUCUCCAGGAGGUUGGGAUAACAGAGGAGGUUCUCCAGGGGGGUGGGAUAAUCGUGGAAGUUCUUCUGGUAGUUGGGAUAACCGAGGAGGUUCUCCAGGAGGUUGGGAUAACAGAGGAGGUUCUCCAGGGGGGUGGGAUAAUCGUGGAAGUUCUUCUGGUAGUUGGGAUAACCGAGGAGGUUCUCCAGGAGGUUGGGAUAACAGAGGAGGUUCUCCAGGGGGGUGGGAUAAUCGUGGAAGUUCUUCUGGUAGUUGGGAUAACCGAGGAGGUUCUCCAGGAGGUUGGGAUAACAGAGGAGGUUCUCCAGGGGGGUGGGAUAAUCGUGGAAGUUCUUCUGGUAGUUGGGAUAACCGAGGAGGUUCUCCAGGAGGUUGGGAUAACAGAGGAGGUUCUCCAGGGGGGUGGGAUAAUCGUGGAAGUUCUUCUGGUAGUUGGGAUAACCGAGGAGGUUCUCCAGGAGGUUGGGAUAACAGAGGAGGUUCUCCAGGGGGGUGGGAUAAUCGUGGAAGUUCUUCUGGUAGUUGGGAUAACCGAGGAGGUUCUCCAGGAGGUUGGGAUAACAGAGGAGGUUCUCCAGGGGGGUGGGAUAAUCGUGGAAGUUCUUCUGGUAGUUGGGAUAACCGAGGAGGUUCUCCAGGAGGUUGGGAUAACAGAGGAGGUUCUCCAGGGGGGUGGGAUAAUCGUGGAAGUUCUUCUGGUAGUUGGGAUAACCGAGGAGGUUCUCCAGGAGGUUGGGAUAACAGAGGAGGUUCUCCAGGGGGGUGGGAUAAUCGUGGAAGUUCUUCUGGUAGUUGGGAUAACCGAGGAGGUUCUCCAGGAGGUUGGGAUAACAGAGGAGGUUCUCCAGGGGGGUGGGAUAAUCGUGGAAGUUCUUCUGGUAGUUGGGAUAACCGAGGAGGUUCUCCAGGAGGUUGGGAUAACAGAGGAGGUUCUCCAGGGGGGUGGGAUAAUCGUGGAAGUUCUUCUGGUAGUUGGGAUAACCGAGGAGGUUCUCCAGGAGGUUGGGAUAACAGAGGAGGUUCUCCAGGGGGGUGGGAUAAUCGUGGAAGUUCUUCUGGUAGUUGGGAUAACCGAGGAGGUUCUCCAGGAGGUUGGGAUAACAGAGGAGGUUCUCCAGGGGGGUGGGAUAAUCGUGGAAGUUCUUCUGGUAGUUGGGAUAACCGAGGAGGUUCUCCAGGAGGUUGGGAUAACAGAGGAGGUUCUCCAGGGGGGUGGGAUAAUCGUGGAAGUUCUUCUGGUAGUUGGGAUAACCGAGGAGGUUCUCCAGGAGGUUGGGAUAACAGAGGAGGUUCUCCAGGGGGGUGGGAUAAUCGUGGAAGUUCUUCUGGUAGUUGGGAUAACCGAGGAGGUUCUCCAGGAGGUUGGGAUAACAGAGGAGGUUCUCCAGGGGGGUGGGAUAAUCGUGGAAGUUCUUCUGGUAGUUGGGAUAACCGAGGAGGUCCUUCUGGGAGUUGGGAUAACCGAGGGGGGUCUUCUAGGAGUUGGGAUAACCGAGGGGGUUCUUCUGGAAGUUUUGAUAGUCGAGGGGGCUCCCCUGGAGGCUGGCAGGACAGAGGAGGAGCCUGGAGUAGUCGAGGAGGUUCUUCCGGUGGUUGGGAUAAUAGAGGAGGUUCUGGCAGUUGGGACAAUCGUGGAGGUUCUGGUUGGGGAGGCGCUGGAGGUGGCAGGUGGGAUGAAAGGGGAUCCACUGCAGGAGGAAGAUGGUCGUCCGGUGGGGGUGGGUCCAGAUGGGAAGACAGAGGAUCAGACUGGGGUCCUGCCGGCUAUAGAGGUUCGCGAUGGGAGUCCGGUGGUGGCGGGGGAUUGUCGGAUGGCUCAAACAGGGGCUGGGAUAGCAGUGGCAGAAGAGGGGCGCAGGACAGCUGGGGUUAUGAUAAGGGCUACGCAUCAGGAUGGGACUACGGCGGAAGAGACGGAGGAGGGUAUAGGGGUGGUGGGGGUGGCGGAGACUGGGGGAGGGAUUCUUCUUCUUCGGGCGCAGGAAGCUGGAGGGAUCGAGGGCUUCCUUCUACAUGUAGCGGGCCGGGAAACGUCGAUUACAAGGAAUACUACUACGACGGAGGUGGCUCUGGUUACGACCGCGUUGACAGAUACCCACAGGCUUGGGCUAGUGGGGGUAGCGGACCGCCAGGGUACCGAGGUCCUACGUCCUACCUGUCUUACCUCUACGACCGCAACGGAUCCAGUGCGGGCAGUGUCAAUGACCAGAGCGGGGCAAGCAACUCGGCUAGCAACAGGGUGUCAACAGUAGUGACAGACCCAGGAUCUACAAAGACAACGCCACCAACGACCUCCUAGUGACACCCGGCUACAAAACGUCACCCCGACAGAGUUCACUUGUUCGAAGAAGAUAUUUUAUUAAUGACCAGUGGAAAACUUAAAUUUCAUACCAUUUGUUGAUCUCUGUUGUUUAUUAGCGAUGUUGGGCCUACCCUCAAAACUUAUAAUUUAACAAACUAUCACAGCUUUCCAACGACAGAAAAUAAUUUUUCAUACAAAUGUUGCAAUACGGAAUUUAAUUUAAAAAGUACAAUUAAAAAUAAUCAUGAACACUUACAGCCAUUAUAAAUACUUAUAAGCAAGAAGUAUUAAAAAAAUAAGCAAUGACUGAUGUAUUAAAUAUAUUAAGGAAAAUCAUUAAAUUAUUAGGCGCAGUGUAAGUAUUUUAUAUUUGCAGUGAAAACGGAAAAUAAAGAUUAGUGGGUUUCGUGCACAACAAAAUUAAACGCGUAAUUGAAAAACUGAAAUUUAUUUCAUUUUAAUUAAGAACUGCAGUAAUCAAGGUGAAGACAAUCUUUACGGUUACGUACAUUACUUACUGAUAUAUAAUUCUAUAACCUUCCAGACGUAUUGUAAGUUAAUUUUAUGUUGUCAGGUAUGACAUUUUACGCACUGAAUCGAGGUUGCCACUUCAAUGUGCGUGAUAUCCGAAGUGAAAAGUGGAUUACUUUUGAAAAAAAUAUAGGUACACCAGAUUUAAAUAUAAAUAUUAACAUUUACAAUAUAUGUUCUAAAAUGAUUUUCCAGCUAAAAUUCAUGUAAUGUCAUUAAAACGCGUCACGAUUUCUGUAAAUCAGUUUUAAGACCUCGUCUGAUUAAACAAAAUUAUAUUUAAAAUACGCUACAAACUAUGCUGAUCUUGCAAUAGCAUUUCAGACACGAUUCAAUAAAUCAGUACGCAUUCAUUCCAGAAUUUUAUACAAAGCAUCCUAUUAUUUCCACGUAGAAUUAUGAGAUGUGAUCUCACAAUGCGUGAUGCAAAUUCCAGGAAAAUUCCCAAACAUUAUUUGCAACAAAAAGUCAUUAUAGCACUUUGUUGUCAUGCUGUUUUAAAUUAAAUGGCAUAUAUAAAUUUAAUGUUGGGUUACAGAAUUACGCCUGAUAUGUGUUUUGAAGCGAUGUAAAGAGAAAGCCACCAUGUACUUUAAUUACACACAGAGAUAAUUAGGAAUUAACAAAUGCCACAUAAAAAAAGUAAGUGACAUAGAAUGUUGCUUGCGUCUCUCAUGUAAAAGUAAGCUUAUAAAAAAUUCAUUAACCCCUAAAGCUGUAUUAUUCUUUUCUGAUUUACACUUAAAAGUUGCAUACCGUACAGAAAGGAUAAAUUUUCACGAGAUAAUUUGAUGCUGAUUAAAGUGUGUGUAAAAACUUCAAGCUUAUUACUUUAUGUUUAUAUCAAUAAUUUAGUUUACUAAGACGAAUAUAGGUAUCUUAAGAAUUGUUUAUUUUUUAACGUAUCUUACGUAACAUUUUCUGAGAAAGAGUGAUAAUAUAUUGUAACUACUGCCUACUGUAGAUCACACGAUAAUGUGUAAUGAAGAUCAAUAUAAUAUUUGUGAUAGUCUAUAAAUUAUAAUUUAUAUUUUAAUUCUAGUGAAUAAAAAUUAUAAUGAUUUUAUAUAUAUA